AUGGUCACCGCCGACGGUGAAGGUUGGGAUACACGGCGGUUGCCUGGCAGCGGAGCCGGCCCAAGUGAAGAACGAAUGUUGUGCGGCUCCGAAGGGACUUUUGGAAUCAUAACAAGUGCUUGGUUGCGUUUACAGGCAAUUCCUAUCUAUAAAUAUACCUACUCUGUCGAGUAUGACACGUGGGAUGAGGGUGUGGAAGCCUGUCGCUUGUUGAGCGAAAGUGGCCUGUUUCCUACGAAUUGUCGCCUAGUUCACCAG